AGGGCCGGGCAGGGCGCAGCGGAGGCUCGGGGUCUCGGGUCCGGGAUUAGAGCCGGAGCUGUGAGCUGGUCGGGCUCAUUGUGUGCGAAGUGGCGCAGGAGGAAAGCAGAUAGAAGAGGAUGCCUCCGCGGCCGCAGACGCUCCUCCUGCUCCUGUCGAACAGCGCCGUGAUUUCCCGACAUAACCCGCCCUUUGUGUCCUCUCUGACCGAGCGUCCGCUGGUUUGUGAAGCGCAGCGUCCACCAUGCUGCCCGCUGCUGCCUCCCCAUGAAAACUCUCAAUGAAAACAAGGAGCAGGCGGCGGAGGAGGAGGGGUCCGCCAUGGAGGACAAGGAGAAUAAUCUGAAGACGGCAAGGUUGUGGAGGGAUGCCGCCCUGCGCUCCAGGAAGCUGCGGAGCAACCUACGCCAGCUCACCCUCUGCUCCAAAGACAACCAGAUCAUCCUUCCGGAUGACAUCGACGAGGUAGAGGUGCUCAACCUGGGAAACAACUCCCUCCAGGAGCUGCCGGACAGGCUGGGAUCCACCCUCAACAACCUGCGCGUCCUGGUCCUCCGCAGGAACAAGUUCUCCACCGUCCCCUGGGUGGUGUUUGAGCUGGGGCGGCUGGUGGAGCUCGACAUGAGCCACAACUGCCUGCGGAGCGUCUCUGAGGGCGUGGGGCAGCUGAGGGGCCUGAAGAAGCUGUGCAUCAGCCACAACAAGAUCCAGUCCCUGCCAGCUCAGAUUGGGGCGCUGCAGUUCCUGGAGGAACUGGACAUCAGCUUCAACGACCUGCAUGACCUCCCCAGGUCUUUCUGCAGCCUCGCCAGGCUGCGGACUCUGGACGCAGAUCACAACAAGCUGAACCAGUUUCCCCCUGAGAUUCUGGCCCUCAGCGAGCUGGAGGAGCUGGACUGCUCCGGGAACAAGUUUGAGGUGUUGCCGGCGGACAUCAUGAAGCUGCAGUCCAUUAAGAUCCUGUGGCUCAGCAGUCUGCACAUGUCCACGUUACCGGACAGCUUCUGCCGCCUGCAGCAGCUGGAGAGUCUGAUGCUGGACGGGAACGAGCUCUCUGCACUGCCAGCUGCUUUCGGUCGGCUGAAGAGACUCAAAAUGAUUAAUUUGUCCUCUAAUGAGUUUGAGAACUUCCCCCAGGUUAUUUUAAGCAUCACAGGGUUGGAGGAGAUUUACCUGAGCAGGAACAAGCUGACUCACAUCCCAGAGGACGUGGGGCAGCUGGUGGCGCUGGCCAACCUGUGGCUGGACAACAACAGCAUCACGUAUCUGCCCGACUCCAUCGUCGAGCUGGAGAAGCUGGAGGAACUCGUUUUACAGGGUAACCAAAUAGCCAUACUUCCAGAUAAUUUUGGAAAGUUGUCCAAAGUGAACAUUUGGAAGGUGAAGGACAACCCUCUCAUCCAGCCGCCCUACGAGGUGUGCAUGAAGGGCAUCCCUUACAUCGCAGCCUACCAGAAGGAGCUUGCGCAUUCUCAGCUCGCCAUCAAGCCGCGGCUCAAACUGGUCCUGAUGGGGACGAAAGACGCCGGCAAAACGCGGCUCAGGCAGAGUGUGGUGAGCAGACCGCAGGACGCUGCAGACGUCCAGGGAAACAAAGGGAUCGAGGUGACGAACUGGGUGGCGGACGCUGAUCGCUGCCUCACGUUUCUAGUUUAUGAUUUGUCAGGGAAGCAAAACUACGACCUCAUCAAACCCUUUUUCCUCUCCCCUGGUGCUCUCUACCUUCUCGUGGUGAAUCUCAAAACGUAUUCGCCAAAGAACUUUUAUGCCCAUGUCGGGUAUUUCCUCCACCUGCUCAGUGCCAAAGUGCCCCACGCCGUCGUGUGCUUGGUGGGCACACAUGCUGACCUGUGUGAUCAGGUGGAGCUGGAGGAGAAGACUCUGGACAUUCACAGGCAGAUCGGCCUGCAGGAGAAAAGGGACAUCCAGAUCCUGAGGAGUGUGGCUCUGCAGGUGGACCAGGCGCUGGAGCAGGGCUUCAACGUCCGCUCCUCCAGCCCUCACGUCCUCUUCUACGGCGUCACCGACAGGAACCUGAGGCGAAGGAGGUCCCAGCUGCAGUACAUGCUGAACCACCGGCUGCAGAUCCUGUCUCCCGUGCUGAGCGUUAGCUGCACGGAGAGCCAGAGGAACAUCCAGAGGCUGAGGGAGAAGCUCAUGUCUGUCGCAGACCACAGCGAUAUCUUCCCCAACCUCCAUCGCGUGCUGCCAAAGUCCUGGCAGAUGCUGGAGGAGCUGCACUUUAAGCCCAAAGACCUGUGGCUGUCGUGGUGGGACUCGGCCCGUCUGGGGCUGCAGGCGGGGCUCACGGAGGACCGGCUGCAGAGCGCCUUAUCCUACCUGCACGAGAGCGGGAAGCUGCUGUACUUCGAGGACAGUCUCACGCUCAAGGAAUAUGUGUUUCACAAUCUUCCGCGAUUCAUUGCAAUUCUCAACGUCUUCUUCCAAAGGGACGAGUCCACGCUGCUGGACAGGCUCCUCUCUGAGGGCGAGAGGGGGGACAAGGGCAGGGUGAGUCUGGUCAUUGAGGACGAGAAGGGAGAGAACCUCAGGGUGACCCACCUGCAGCACCACGUGGAGGGCUUCUUGCAGCACGGCCUUCUGCCCUCCAACGUCAUCCGGCUGCUGCUGCGGCCGCUCAUCCAGACACAGCAGGACCUGCACCUCAUCCUGGAGCUUCUGGAGAAGAUGGGGAUCUGCUACUGCAUCAACAAACCCCGCAGCAAGCCUCUGAACGGAGCCACCGCCUGGUACAAGUUCCCCAGCUAUGUCAGCAGCGAGGAGCCCCAGGCGGCGGCAGAGGCCUCGGCUGGUGGCGGCGGUUCUCUGCCUCACUUCUUAUCCGUGGAGCAGCUGCACAUCCAGUACAGCUUCCCCUUCCUGUUCCCUCCCGGACUGUUUGCUCGCUUCAGCGUGCAGAUCAACAGCCACGUGGUGCAGCGGUCGGAUGGCAGGCAUCAGAUCUUCGCCUACCGAGGUAAAGUCCCCGUGGUGAUUAGCCACCGGCCCUCCAGAGGGAAGCUGCAGCCGGAGACUCUGUCCAUCGCCAGCCACGCCUCGCUGCCCAACAUCUGGACAGCGUGGCAGGCCGUCACGCCGCUGGUGGAGGAGCUGAACGUGCUGCUGCAGGAGUGGCCCGGCCUGCACUACUCCGUACACAUUCUCUGUUCCAAGUGCCUGAAGAGAGGGUCGUCCAGCCCACACGCCUUCCCAGGGGAGCUGCUGAGCCAGCCGAGGCCUGAAGGUCUGACGGAGAUCGUCUGUCCAAAGAACGGCUCGGAGCGCGUCAACGUGGCUCUGGUCUACCCCCCGACCCCCACCGCCCUCAGCCCCGGGCCCCACUGACCCACCAGGGCCCCGGGGCCUCCUGGAGCCUCCUUCAGCCUCCUGUGACUCCUCUACACCUCCUCCACCUCCUGGAGCCUCCUCUGCACCUGCUUCUCCUCCUGUGACUCUUCUGCUCCUCCUCCUCCUGCUCCUCCUCCUCUCUC